UAAUUCUUUCUUUUUAGCAGGUCAAUCACUGCAACAAUACUUCCACACUUUCAUGAUUCCAUCCACUCUAUAAAUGGCCGAUUAGAGUAUACUACGUUCAGUACUGGGGCACUCCAACAAUUCUCUCUUUUCUCACUGUCAAAACUCCAUCUCUAUGGCUAACUCAAAAAACCUUACAUGCAUUUUCACCAUCAUUCUCAGCCUUCUCUUUUCGUUCACAGCCGCAAAAUCUUCUACUUUCUACCGAAACCUAUCUCCCAUGUCUUUGGGAUUCAAGAAGGAGAAGCUCAGCCACCUUCACUUCUUCUUCCACGACAUUGUCAGCGGUCCAAACCCCACCGCCGUCGGAGUGGCGGAGGCCGCCUCCACCAACUCUUCUUCCACACUUUUCGGAUUUAUAGCUAUGAUCGACGACCCAUUGACUGUGGGCCCCGAACCUGGAUCCAAACUCGUGGGAAAGGCCCAAGGUGUUUACGGAUCUGCGGCCCAACAGGAAACGGGCCUGUUGAUGGUAAUGAACUUCGUGUUCACUGAAGGGAAAUACAAUGGCAGCACGCUGAGCUUGUUGGGGCGGAAUGCGGUGUUCUCCAGCGUGAGGGAAAUGCCAAUCGUUGGAGGAAGCGGGGCUUUUCGGUUCGCACGUGGGUAUGCUCAGGCAAAGACUCACACGUUUGAUCUGAAGACCGGAGAUGCUGUUGUGGAGUACAAUGUCUACGUGUUCCAUUAUUAAGCAUUGCGUCGUUUUAUUCUCUUUUGUUUCUCUUCUUUGCUUUAUGGUCAGAUGCUUUUUUAAUUGGAAGUUUCCUUCACGAUGCUUCGUGUGUGGUUUAACAAUG